UCAUUUCUUUUUCCUAUACUAUUGAAAAAAUCUCUAUAAAUAAUGUGAGUGGAUCCGGCCGCCGGAGAUAUAGGGUUGAUCCAAUUUACAAACCCUGCCUGAUGGGUAGUGUCCUGAACCAACGCCCAAAGGAGGAGAAACAAGGAAAAAUCCCUCCUCCGGAGGCGGCCUGACAAUAACCCCUCUCAUCUCCGCCUUCAACCACUUUCAAUUUCUCAUCAAGUUUUGCAGAUUCAAAAUUCUCGAAGAAGAUGGAUCAGUCCUUCUUACUCAUGCUCUCCAAUCUCCUACAUCUCCAGAACUCCCUCGACCCAACCACAUCUUUACUCUCCGAUUCUCUCUCCUCCCCCACCUCCGCCUCCGCCGCUUCCUCCUCUUCUUCCUCCCCCACCUCUCUCCUCACCUCUUCCUCCGCAGCUCCACUCCUCUUUUUCACCAUCGCCUCUGUCCUCUCCUACAUCGCCUCCUCUCGCCCCUCCCCCGCCAAGUCCUCAGCAAAUCCCCCUCCCUCUUCCUCCGCCGGAAAAUCUGCCGCCGCCGCCUCCGACUACUCCGUCUCCGCCUUUCGAGCCCUCUCCACCGAGCACAUCUGGUCCCUUGAGGCCCCUCUCCGAGAUGCCCAGUGGCGUUCCAUGUACGGCCUCUCCUAUCCGGUCUUCACAACCGUUGUCGAGAAGCUUAAGCCCUAUAUUGCUCUCUCCAAUCUCUCACUUCCUUCUGAUUACGCCGUCGCCAUGGUGCUUUCUCGCCUCUCCCAUGGCUGGUCCGCGAAAACCGUUGCUGCUAGGUAUUCUCUUGAGCCCUAUCUUGUUUCCAAGAUUACUAACAUGGUUACUCGCCUCCUUGCUACCAAGCUCUACCCGGAAUUCAUCAAGAUCCCAGUCAGCCGCCGCAGGCUUAUUGAGACGACUCAAGCUUUCGAAGAGCUGACUUCGCUUCCCAACAUGUGUGGUGCCAUUGAUGGGAGCCCAAUUAAGCUUCAUAAGCUUCCCCAUGACCAGAAUUUGUCUGGGAAUUACAAAUGUCGAUAUGGGUAUCACUCUGUUCAACUUCAGGUGGUGGCUGACCAUAAGAGAAUCUUCUGGGACGUUUGCGUUAAGGCUCCAGGGGGGACCGAUGACGCUGCCCAUUUUCGGGACAGUCUUCUGUACAAUCGGCUGACUUCAGGUGACAUUGUUUGGGACAAGGCUAUUAGUGUCCGAGGUCAUCCUGUUCGGCCUUACAUCGUUGGGGACUGGUGCUAUCCCAUGAUGCCUUUCUUGCUGACUCCAUUUUCACCGAGUGGGAUGGGCACGCCAGCGCAGAACUUGUUUGAUGGGAUGCUUAUGAAAGGCCGGUCUGUGGUGGUUGAUGCAAUUGGGUUGCUCAAAGGGAGGUGGAAAAUUCUUCAGGACUUGAAUGUCGGUCUUAAUCAUGCGCCGCAGACGAUUGUGGCUUGUUGUGUUUUGCAUAAUUUGUGUCAGAUUGCCAAAGAGCCGGAACCGGAGCUUUGGAAGGAGCCUGAUGAGAAUGGAGGCCCGCCCAGGGUGCUAGACAGCGAGAAGUCGUAUUAUUACUUUGGGGAGAGCUUGAGGCAGGCAAUGGCUGAGGACUUGCACCAAAGGCUUUCAUCAAGAUAGGAUUUUGAAUGUGAGGCAUCUAUUUUCCCGUAUGAAGUUAAACAUGUAUACUUCUUCUUGCUAUUACUUAUUGUGAGUAGGUUUUUAAACUAGAUGUUUAGGAGAUGUUAACUUGCAAUGACUACUGUUUAGACUGUAUGACCAACUAACUAGAAAAUGGUAUUCAAAGAUUACCCCAAAUCGUGAAUUGGAAAGAGUGGAAAUCCACGACCAUUGUCUUCAAAAUGCUGUAUUCAUGUCACUUUUUUAUCUCUGGAAUGCUUGGUUUCAGUCUCCUAUUUUAUAUUUAAUAGCAAAUGAAGUUUCUGUGGGUUAGAAAUUCUCCAAGUAUCAAGGCUGUAAUCAAUACUAUCUAAUCCAAACGAUUGGGUCGACUA